AUGGGGAGAGGAAGGAUUGAGAUUAAGAAGAUUGAGCAUGUGAACAGUCGUCAAGUCACUUUCUCCAAGAGACGUAAUGGGUUGAUGAAGAAGGCUAAAGAGCUUUCUAUCCUCUGUGACGCUGAGGUUGCUCUGAUCAUCUUCUCAAGCACCGGCAAGGUUUAUGAUUUCUCUAGCGGAUGUAUGGAGCAAACCCUUUCAAGAUAUGGAUACAGUGCUGCAUCAGCUGAUCAUAAACAAUUACAAGAACAACAACUUGUACUAUGUGCUUCACAGGAGAACGGUGCUGUGUUGAGGAAAGAUGAUGCUAUGAGGAACGAACUCGAGAGAUUACAUCUCGCAAUUCAGAGGCUGAAGGGUAAGGAGCUUGAUGGUAUGAGUUUCUCGGAUCUCAUCUCUCUUGAAAACCAGUUGAAUGAUAGCUUGCAUAGUGUCAAGGAUCAAAAGACUCAAAUCUUGCUAAACCAGGUAGAAAGAUCCCGGUUAAAGGAAAGAAGAGCAUUGGAAGAGAACCAAAUCUUGCGCAAACAGAUAGAGAUGUUUGGGAGAGGUUCAUCAGGACCAAAAGGGCUGAGUGAAAUACCUCAGUUCUCUAGCCCACAAGUAGAGCCUGAGAGCUCUUCAUCAGACGAUGAUGAUGAUGACGACAAUGACCACUAUUCCAACACUUCCUUGCAGCUGGGGUUGUCGUCAUCGGGGUAUUGUAGAAAGAGAAAGAUGCCGAAGAUUGAAUCUCCCUGCGAUAACUCUGGAGGUCAAGUGGCUUCUGAUUGAUUGAUAUCAGUUAUUAAUUAUUCUCCUAAUUAUGGUGUUUAGUAUAGGUUUAUUGUGUAUUAUUCUCCAUAUUUAUCAAGUAGAGUUUGAUUUUAUGUCUUUAAGUGAACCAUUUUUUUUUCCUUAAAAUCAAGA